AUGAAGAAGACGAAGAAAAUGAAGGAGACGACGAAGACAAUGAAGGAGACGACGAAGACAACGAAGACAAAGAAGACGAAGACAACAAAGACGAGUCCCACGGAGGCCGAGCCGGCAGCUGCUGCCCCGGCAGGAGCUGCUGAGGACGAGGAGGAGGCCCCCGAGCCUGUCCUGUCCCAAGGGGAACAUUUGGGACACGAAGAGCUGUUCCCGGGGGAGGACGAUGUGAGCUCCAGUUCUGGUGAAAAGCCUGUGGGCACAGUGAAGGAGGAGGACACGCAGACUUGUCCCUCGUCCUGUGAUGAGGAGCUGUCCCAGGUUGAAGAGGCCAUCGAGCUCUCUGCAGGGGACAGCAACGCUGAGCCAGAGCUGUCCGAAGUGGAAGAGGAAAUCGAGGACAUUCCAUGGGAUAGUUUGUGCUGCCUGUGCGGGCGGAGCGGGGCCGGCGGGAGCCGCGCUGCCCUCAGAGCCCCUGAGGGCGGCAGCAAUGGCGGCGCCGCUCCCUCAGCGCCCGGGCCCGGCCCCGGCGGGCGGGGAGCCCUCGGCAGCGCCCUGCUGGCAGCAGGGAGCGAGCCCCGGCCCGGCCUCUGUGCCCGGGGCAGAGCCGCAGAGGCCAGGGCAGAGCCGCAGGAGUCGCUGCCUCGGGCCCUGCCCCGGGCCGGGGGCAGCAGCCGGGCCCCGGCGCUGCGGGAGCGCACGAGGCUCUGGCGGUGCCGCUUCUCCAGCUCGGCCCGGUGCCCGUGCAUGGCCCCGUCCUUGCGCGCUGCCCCUGCCCCGCUCAGCUUCCCGUGCCCUGCAAAGGCGCCGAGGCCGCGCUCGGUGCCCCUGGGUGUCGCUGCUACAGGCGGGGACGAGCCCCGGUGCCCAGGCAGAGCCCUGAGGGACAGCCCUGCUCCCCGGGCUCCCGCGGCUCCUGGAGCCGCUGCCCGCAAGUCCCGGCCCGUCCGUGCGGCCAAUUCCUCGUGGGCUGGGCAGCGCGGCCGGCAAAGCCAGGGCUCUGCACGGCCGACAGCGACAGACGACGAGAGCGACGAGGGCAAAGCCAACUCCAACUCCUGGUCCCACAGCCCCUUGCCCAGCUGGCUGGAAGCCCCCAGCGGGCAGUGGUCGGGGGCAGUGGGCAGCUCAGUCCUGCCACUGGCACAGGCUGAGGAGGAGGAGAAGCCCCUCGCUGACAUGGACCGAGAGCUCUCCCAGAGAGAAGAUACACAAGAGACAUCCCAAAGAGAAGGACCAGGAGUCCAAGAAAUGUCCCGGCAGGGAGCCAGGAGCAGCCAAGAGCUGUACCAAGGCCAGAGUCCCACGGAGGCCGAGCCGGCAGCUGCUGCCCCGGCAGGAGCUGCUGAGGAGGAGGAGCCCCCCGAGCCUGUCCUGUCCAAAGAGGAAGAUUUGGGAGACCAAGAGUUGUUCCCGGGGGAGGACGAUGUGAACUCCAGUUCUGGGGAGAAGCCUGUGGGCACAGUGGAGGAGGAGGACACGCAGACUUGUCCCUCAUCCUGUGACGAGGAGCUGUCCCAGGUUGAAGAGGCCAUCGAGCUCUCUGCAGGGGACAGCAACGCUGAGCCAGAGCUGUCCGAAGUGGAAGAGGAAAUCGAGGACCUUCCAUGGGAUAGCACAAGUGACCAGAUGCUGUCCCCAGUGGAAGACAACACUGAGGUUGUUCCAGAGGAUGGCAAAAGUGACCAGGAGCUGUCCUCAGUGGAAGAGGACAUCGAGGGCACUCCAGAGGACGGCAUGAGUGACAAGGAGCUGUCCUCAGUGGAACUGGCCAUCGAGGGCACUCCAGAGGACAGCAUGAGUGACAAGGAGCUGUCCUCAGUGGAAGAGGCCAUCGAGGGCACUCCAGAGGACAGCAUGAGUGACAAAGAGCUGUCCUCAGUGGAAGAAGACAUCGAGGAUAUUCCAGAGGACAGCAAGAGUGACAAAGAGCUGUCCUCAGUGGAAGAAGACAUCGAGGAUAUUCCAGAGGACAGCACGAGUGACAAGGAGCUGUCCUCAGUGGAAGAGGACAUCGAGGGCACUGCAGAGGACAGCAUGAGUGACCAGGAGCUGUCCUCAGUGGAAGAGGACAUCGAGGGCACUGCAGAGGACAGCAUGAGUGACCAGGAGCUGUCCUCAGUGGAAGAGGACAUCGAGGACAUUCCAGAGGAUGGCACGAGUGACCAGGAGCUGUCCUCAGUGGACGUGGCCAUCAAGGUUGUUCCAGAGGUGGGCAUGAGUGACCAGGAGCUGUCCUCAGUGGAAGAGGACAUCGAGGACAUUCCAUGGGACAGCACAAGUGACACGGAGCUGUCCUCAGUGGAAGAGCACAUCGAGGGCAUUCCAGAGGACAGCACGAGUGACAAGGAGCUGUCCUCUGUGGAAGAGGACAUGGAAGUUGUUCCAGAGGACAGCACCAGUAACCAGGAGCAGUCCCCAGAGGAAGAGGACAUGGAGGUCUCUCCAUGGGACAGCCCAAGUGACCAGGAGCUGUCCCCUGUGGAAGAUGACAUCGAGGUGGUUUCAGGGAACAGCCCGACUGAUGAGGAGGUGUCCAAAGUGGAAGUGGCCAAUGAGCUCAGUCCAGAGGACAGCACGGCUCUUUCCCCAGAGGGGCCCAGCUCUGCCAGCCCCGUGGGCACAGAGGUGGCAGCAGAGGCAGCCCCUGCCCUGCCCAGCGCCUCUCCUGCCCCAGGCAGUGCCACGGAGGCCGAGCCGGCCGCUGCUGCCCCGUCCGGAGACCCAGAGCUGGCCCAGGAAGUGUCUCAUGGUGAAGAAUGCCUGGAGGAAGAUCUGCCCCACGGGGAAGUCAGGAGUUACCACCAACUCUUUGACUGGGAAAAGUAUUUGGAGCAAGACCUGUCCCAGGGAGAAGUCAGCAGCUCCCAAGACCCCUCGGACUGGGAAGAAUGCAUCGAGCAAGUGCUGUCCGAUGGAGAUGUCAGCAGGUGGGAAAUACUUUCCAACAGGGAAGAAUGCAUUGGCCAAGAGCAUUCCCAAGGAGAAGCAUGCAUUGGCCAAGAUGUGUCCAGAGGGAAUGGCAGCAGAUCCUCAGGACACUCCACCUGCGAAAACGACAGUGACACGGGGCUCGUGCGGGAGAACUGGCCCGAGCACAGCAUCAGGACCAAGCCCUUGUGCCCAGAGGAGGAUGAGUGGGACGAUGAUGUGAGCCUCCUGGAGGUGCCCCCAGAACUGGAGAAAGAGCAGAAAUGGGAAGUUUUUGCGGCAGGCGGGCUCGCAGUGGCCGUCCCUCGGGAGGCCUGGGUGGAGUGCCCAGCACAGGAGCCGUGCAGCCAAGGGCCGGCGCCUGCCCCGCACAGCCCCCCCAGCCCCUGGCCUGCCCGGCUGCGAGCCCAGGCCCUCCGCGGGCAGCCGGCUGCCCCCAGGAAACGUCCCUCCCGCUUCAGGCGGGCGCUGCGGGCGCUGCGGGGGCUGUUCCGCUGUCCCUGCCUGAGGCCACGGCCGGAGGAGUAAAACAGACACGGAAAAAGAUGAAGACAAUGAAGGAGACGACGAAGACAGCCAAGACAAAGAAGACGAAGACAACAAAGACGGCAAUGACAAAGGCUAAGAAGACAAAGAAAAUGGAGAAGACUUAUUUAAGAAUAGAUAGAAGAAGAAUAGUAAUAAGAAUUUAGAAAUACUUAGAAGAAGAAGAGUAAGAAAAUAAGAAUUUAAAACUACAUGUAAGAAGAUGAAGAAUAGGAAUAGGAAUAGGAAUUGCAAUAGGAAUAGGAAUAAGAAUAAGAAUAAGAAUAUAAAAAUAUAUAGAAGAUGUAAAGAAGAUGUACAGUAGUAGGAAGAAGAAUAAGAAGACUAGGAAUAGAAAAAUAAAAUCUAAUGGAUAAAUAAAACUAGCAAAUAAUUUAUUUUUAUUACAUAUUGUAUA